AUGACAGCCGCCGAGGAAGGAUUGCCCGAUAGCGGCGCUGUUGUUUCUCUGCCCAUUCGCGCAAACGGCGCUGGUGCAGCGCUGGCGUCGAGCAAUGCGCUGACCGGAAAACAGGAGCAUUACCUGAAGCGAGAACUUAUUUCCGACCAGGUCAAAUGGGAGAUCAACGAGCUCAAUUCCCCCACGGCGCUGCAGCGCUUCGGCGCGCCGUUCAAGUCGGAGCAGGGCGAAGUGCCUCCUCAGGAAUCCGAGCUCCCCAUCUUGCGGUACAUCUUCGUCAAGCAUAUCCGCGACUUUCCAUUUUUGGACAAGGCAAAAGAGAAGGAGUUCUGGCAAGACAAGCUCCAAGUCUUUCUCGAAUCGUUUGCGACGAAGCAGAUUUCUUCAUCCGAGGAUCGCCUGGAAGAAACGAAGCGGCGGAAGCUGGCCAUCAAGGCGCAGAAGCUUGUUGAGCUGAUGAUGGUGUCGGGCAUUCCCACCUCGUCCGGAUUCGAAGAGCGCAUCAAGUUCUCAGAAAUUGAGAUUGUGGAUAGCAAUGCCAUUGAUAGAGGUGUCAUGAACACUCUUCCCGAAGGAAACUACAUCAACGGCUGGGACGUAAACGUUGCCGGAGUCCGCGUUACCUCAGUCAAGCGCAAUAUCCGAUAUCACAAGCACGCCGAGUUCAUUCUUCGAAUUAAGAGGAAAGGAGAGCUGGAACACUUUGUCGGGCGUAGAUACGGUGAUUUUAGCAAGCUGCACCGAAAGCUGCGUACUGAGCUGCCUGGCAGGGUUUUGCCUGCGCUGCCGAAAAAGAACAAGACAGACACAAGGGCUAGCGGGCUGCUCACAAGUUUUACUAGCGCAGCAAACGAUUCCGAUGAUUCCUCUGCGUCUUCCAUAUCGACUCGUAGAACGAGACAAUCUCAAAAUUUUGGCGGUGCGUCAUCGCUGCUAACUGCCUCCAGUGCUGCGCGUGGCCCAGGAUCCAUUAGAUCAGCUAGAUCGAGCCGCUCGAAGAAGGGGACUUCCCCUCGACCAUCUGUGGAUGGCCAAUUAAGCCCGGGAUUUGCAACUCCCAACGGAAACAAAGAGAUUGUCCUUUGGCGGGAAAACCAAAGAAUAUCCCUGCGCGCUUUCUUACGAUCACUUUUGCAUAACCCCCAAGUUGCCAAUACCAAGGCAAUGGUUGAAUUCCUUAGUGGCGAUCCCAUAACACCCACAGACGAAGAUGUGGAGGACAUCAUACGACGAAAAGCGCUUGAUGAGAAGCGUAUGGAAGAGCAAAAGGAGUUUUACGAAAUUGCCAGACGACGAGCUGCAGAGCUUGACGAGUAUAUGGAACAGUUCCGAAGGGAUAUCGUUGAACGAAAUGGCCUCACACUCCUAUUCAAAGAGAUCAAGGAGAAGGAGACAAUUGGUGACCUUAGCAUUCAGUAUCGAAAAUUCGCCGAAUGGCUGAGGAUCGAAAUUGCCGCCGUCGUAUACCACCUUUUCUUAGCCGAAGAUAACUCAGCCGACAUGUUUGCGCAAGCCAAGCGUAUCCACUCUCUUGUUCCAUAUACCGUCAUCAAAAAUGUCAUUCGAAUUGCGAAUCCUGCGGCAGUCAUGUCUGGAAUCUUGGACAUUUUCCUCGCGCAACCCUUUGGAGCUCGAUCUUUGAUGCAGCGCAUGUUUUCACUAGCGCUACAUGAUGGCAUCCGAAGCUUUCAGAGAUCCAUUGACGCACUGGAUGUAAAAGUCGAGGACCCUGUCUUCACUGAGAAGAUUAAGAAGUACACAAAUGCAACGGAAGAUGUUAAGCUGGAAAUUCGGCGGCAAGCCGAAGAUGAAGAUCUUGAUAUCAUCGUAGUGAUAUUGAGAUCGGACCUCAUUGAGCCAGAAUUGACUGGCGAGCAGGUCCAGCGACUGUUUAAUGCCUAUGUCGCUUUUAACAACGCUGUCGAGAACAUUGACGAAGAACUGAAGCAGGGUGCUCAGCUCUUUUCAUAUCUCAAACAGCUUCUCAAGCUUUGCACACGACACAGAGAUAAGAGCAUGCUGCUACAACUGAUUGAGGAGCCCGUUACACUGAAACUCUUCAGGGACUUGUUUACCAUUUUCUACGAGCCCCUCGUGAGGGUAUACAAGUCGGCCAAUGUAUACAAUAGUGUAACUGAUUUUGCCGUUUUCAUCGAUGACAUGAUCAAGGUUGUCGAGAAGUGCAGAGAAGCCGAUGCAUCUGCGGAUCCCAAUCAGACAGUUCAGGCGUUUAUCGACCUAUGUGCCAGACAUGAGCACAACUUUUAUAAAUUUGUACAUGAGAUCCAUACGCAUGAUAACGGCCUCUUUACUCAACUUAUGGAGUGGAUAGAGGGCAUUUUGGAAUUCCUCCGCAAGGGCCCUAAGAACGGGACACUCAACGUCAAUGCCUUGUUUGAGGGCGGUGUCAGCAGCGGCAUCAUCGACAAGGACAAGGCCAUUGCGGAGAUCAAUGCUCUGAUUGCCUGGCAAGAGGCGCGGAAGAAGUGGCACAGCGACAAGACGCAGCAGAAGAUGGCCGCAGAAGGACAACCAGGAAGCGAUAUGAUGCCGACCGGAUUCAGUUCGUCUGAUUUUGGCCUCGAUGGCGAUGACCUAGAAGACUUGGCAUAUGACGAUGGUUCGGAGUCCGAAGCAGAAGAAGAUGAUGACCUGGAUCCCAUAGAAGCCGAGAGGCAAAGGCGGGCUAAGAGGCGAGAUCGCCUGCGUCGUUCAGCGGGAGAGCCCGUGAAGCCGCCGGUUUCCGAGGUUCACAAGCUGGAGGAGAAUUUCUUAAUCAUGCUGAGGAACGUUUUGGCUGACUAG